AUGGCAACAUCGGGGGCGAACGGGCCCGGAUCGGCCGCGGCCUCAGCUUCCAAUCUGCGCAAGUUUAGUGAGAAGAUCGCGCUGCAGAAGCAGCGUCAGGCCGAAGAGACGGCGGCCUUCGAGGAGGUGAUGAUGGACAUCGGCUCCACCCGGUUACAGGCCCAAAAACUGUGACUGGCAUACACAAGGAACUCUCAUUACGGUGGCUCUCUGCCAAACGUGAACCAGAUUAGCUGUGGCCUGGCUGAGUUCCAGAGCCCCCUCCACUCACCGUUGGAUUCAUCCCGAAACACUCGGCACCAUGGACUGGUGGAACGGGUGCAGCGAGAUCCCCGGAGAAUGGUGUCCCCACUCCUCCGCUACCCCCGCCACAUUGACAGCUCUCCCUACAGUCCUGCCUACUUAUCUCCUCCCCCGGAGUCCAGCUGGCGGAGGACGAUGCCCUGGGGCAAUUUCCCUGCAGAGAAGGGGCAGUUGUUUCGACUACCAUCUGCACUUAACAGGACAAGUUCUGAUUCUGCCCUUCACACAAGCGUGAUGAACCCCAGCCCUCAGGACACUUAUCCAGGCCCUGCGCCUCCCAGUGCCCUUCCUGGCCGCCGUGGAGGUUAUCUGGAUGGCGAAAUGGACUCCAAAGUCCCUGCCAUUGAGGAGAGCUUACUAGAUGACAAGCAUUUGCUGAAGCCCUGGGAUGCUAAGAAGCUGUCCUCAUCCUCCUCCCGCCCUCGGUCCUGCGAAGUCCCUGGAAUUAACAUCUUUCCAUCUCCUGACCAGCCUGCCAACGUGCCUGUCCUCCCACCUGCCAAGAACACGGGAGGCUCCUUACCUGACCUCACCAACCUGCACUUUCCCCCACCGCUGCCCACGCCCCUGGACCCAGAGGAGACAGCCUACCCCAACCUGAGUGGGGGCAACAGUACCUCCAAUUUGACCCACACCAUGACCCACCUGGGCAUCAGUGGAGGCCUGGGCCUAGGCCCAGGCUACGAUGCACCAGGAUCUCAUUCACCUCUCAGCCAUCCAUCCUUGCAGUCCUCCCUAAGCAAUCCCAACCUUCAGGCUUCCCUAAGCAGUCCUCCGCCCCAGCUUCAGGGGUCCCACAGUCACCCCUCACUGCCUGCCUCCUCCUUGGCCCGCCAUGCACUGCCCACCACCUCCCUGGGUCAUCCCUCACUCAGUGCCCCAGCCCUCUCCUCCUCCUCUUCUUCCUCCACUUCAUCUGCUGUGCUGGGUGCCCCCCCUUACCCAGCUUCUACCCCUGGGGCCUCCCCCCGCCACCGCCGUGUACCCCUCAGCCCCCUGAGUUUGCCUGCGGGCCCAGCCGACGCCAGAAGGUCCCAACAGCAGCUGCCCAAACAGUUUUCGCCAACAAUGUCACCCACAUUGUCUUCCAUCACUCAGGGCGUCCCACUGGAUACCAGUAAACUGCCCACUGACCAGCGGCUGCCUUCAUACCCAUAUAGCCCCCCAAGUCUGGUUCUUCCCACCCAGCCACCCACC